AUGUUUAGUUUUGAUCUCUUUGGAAGAGCCCCAGUACUAACUCUGAAGGGAGAUGAAUAGUCUAAGUCAAUAGUAGGAUCAAUCGUUAGUCUUGCUGUCUAUGUCAUUUUCUUUCUUUACACUUACUAGAAAUCAGUCAUUCUUAUUAAAAACCUUGAACCAAAUAUUCAAAUAUCAGAAACACUUAGAGACAUGGAUGAUUUGACUACCUUUGAGCCUAAAUCAGCUGGAUUCGACUUUGCAUUUUCUCUCAAGAGAGAGCUUGAUCCUGCAAUAGCAUACUUUGAUGUCAAGUUGAUUCGCGAAUUUUAUCUGAGUAACGGGACUAAAUUAAAUGAAACAAAAAACCUUGAGAUAUAAAGAUGCACAAACGGAUAGUUCUAAUUUGAUAAUAAGACUUAGCUGACUGCAAUCCAGCUUGAGAAAUAUUACUAUUGUUUGAACAAUUCUCUAAACUAUUAAUCGGUGAGCUUGCCAAUUUUACCUUAAAAACCAGAUCUAAGUAGUCUAAAAUGUGGACUAUCCUCUGUUUUGGAUUCAGUUAUUAACAAUCAGAAAUUCUACUUUGUAUUUGCCAAUAGUAAUUUUGCACCAUAGAAUUUGAAAGAGCCUAUUAAUAAAUUCUUGGAUGAUUCAGUUUUCUUCGAGAUGGAACCUGGAAAGAACAAGAAAGCUGAUAUACUAGUAAAAUAGUAAACAGUUGAGCUACUCGACGAUAUUUGGUAGAUUGAUAACCCAAUUGAGAAAGAAUUUGCACAAGUAGACAACAUUAGAUUUUAUGAAAGUUCUACAUCAUCAGGAGACAAUAGUUUGAUAACUGUCAAUAUUAAACUGGACAAAGCUUAAGCAACAAUGAGUAGAACUGCCUACUCAAUAUUGAAUUUCCUAGGAGAUAUUGGGGGUCUUCAAGGAAUUCUUUACCUCAUUGGAUUUUACUUAUGUAGCUCGAUAUCUGAGUUCAGAAGUGUAUUUAAGCGACCUAAAAUUAGUAAUGAUGCAGAUGCUGUUUAAAAUUUAGACAAUAAAAAAACAAUGAAGCCUAUAAAUUUACCUAGAGAUACUGAAAAGUAAACUCUUAAGAUACCAAAACCAACUAUUUCUUUACAGAGUUCAAGAAAAAAUUAUUAAACUGAAAAUCUUGAUUAAUACAAUUCAAAUCUUUCAAUUGGGGGUGGAGAAUUAAAUAACUAGCACGAAUAGGACUAUGAUCCUUAUUCUGAGGAUCCUUAUAAACAAUAAAAUCAAAGAAAUAUGUUCAAAAAGCUUAGAAUGAAUCUGAAUGUUUUUAACUAUUAUUCAGAUGUAAUUGUUAAAGCUGUACUCAAAAGAUAUAGAUUCACAUAUGGAGUAGAUGCUAUUUUUGGUAUUGUCAAAAUUAUGGAAAAGCUGUUGUUUAAUAAGUAUCAAAGAAACUUGAUUAAGUAUUAAUAAGAAUGGCUUGUUUCAAGUGCUUCAGAAAAGGAGCAAGAUCAUCAGGAUGAUCUUUUGUUUUUAAAAGAGAGAAGUAAUAAGAAAAAAUUGGCAUUCAGAAGGUAAAUCAUAAAUGAUAAUUUGAAUGGUUACUAAAGCAAGGGCAAUCUAUCUGUUAUUGAUAAAAAACUAGUCUAUGGAUUAUUUAAAAAUGAUAUGAGGGAUUUUGAUGGUAGUAAUUCCUCUAAUGAUGAGGACUUAAAGAGCUAAAGAAGCUAACGUACAUCUAGAGAAUAGCCAUAAGCCCAAUCAACUCAUCAAGCACAUCAUGUGAGAUAGAAAAUAAGUUCUAUUGAUACAGUUAUAGUCCAUGAUUCAAUUCAUCCUUUAGAGAGAUUUGAUUUAAGCGAGCAUGACCACAUCUAGAAUUCAAAGAGAUCUUCUGCUUUUGGACAGUAGAUUAUUUACUCUUGA